AUGAGCAUGAUCGACGUGCUGACCCGGGUGGACGCCAUCUGCAAGAACUACGAGAGGUACGACGCCGACAAGCACCGGAAUGACGCCGCCGACCCCUUCUCGCGGCUCUACGCCGACAUGGACGCCGUGAUCGACGAAGCCAUCGAGAAGUCGGAGCGGGCCGCGAGGGAGACGAACCGGGCGGCGGCGGUGACCCUCAACGCCGGCGUGCGGCGCACCAAGGCGCGGCUCCUGGAGGAAGUGGCCAAGCUCCAGAAGCUAGCCGGCAAGAAGAUGAAAGGGGUGUCGCGGGAGGAGAUGGCGCUGCGGCCUGAUCUGGUCUCGGCAUUGCACCAGAGGAUCCAGUCGAUCCCCGACGGUGGCGGCGCGGCGGAUCAGAACGGCGGCGGGAACGCUCGGCCGGGGAUCAAGUUUGAUUCUUCAGCUGAAACUUUGGACGAGGGCUACUUCCAGACCAGCGAGGAAUCGGAGGCUUUUCGGAUGGAGUUCGAGAUGCGCCGGAUCAAACAGGAUGAAGGGCUGGACCUCAUUUCUGAAGGCCUGAACACGCUGAAAAACCUGGCAGAGGACAUUGGUGAGGAACUGGACAGGCAGGUCCCUAUCAUGGACGAAAUUGACAGAAAGGUCGACAAGGCUAACACAGAACUUAGAAAGACCAACGUCAGGCUUAAAGAGAUAGUCAACCAGAUUCGAUCGACAAGGAACUUCACAGUUGAUAUCAUACUCAUCUGCAUCAUUCUUGGCAUUGGUGCUUACCUCUACAAGUAAGCACUCGCCAACGCUACUGAUUAUGCUCCAAGUCAAUCUACACUUGCCAGUUUUUCAUCUCACUAUCUCAAACUUCUCUUACUAUGCAGCGUACUCGCCCAGUGAAUCCUCGGAACAUGGCGGCAUCAGCAAUUCAGCAUGCUCUGUUAGAGUAAAAUUAUACUCCCUCCGUUCCUAAAUACUUGUCUUUCUA